AAUUUAUCUUGGGCGUUUGGUAUAAAUAAAAAUAUACCAGCAAUCAAUUUAUCAUCCGAUAAUAAAAAGAUUAUAUUUUAUGCAGUUGCCCACACAGGUAUCUUGUAUGACCUGGUUCAUAAUGUGCAAGUUUUAUAUCAGGGACAUCAAAACUCAAUUAGUGCCAUAUGUGUUAGUGUUGAUAAAAAAUGGCUUGUUACAGCAGAUAUUGGUCCUAAUAGCUUGCUUAUUGUUUGGGACACUUUUAAGAGAAUCCCUGUAAGAACAAUAUUUAAUGUGGAUACUGGUGGUGUUUCCUUUUGUGUUAUAUCUUCUGAUGCCAAAUACAUUGCUGUUCUUAGUUCCUCUGAGCCCCAGAAAUUAACAAUAUGGUCAUGGACAACUGAAUCACAAGUACCAAUUGUUACAGUUUGUUUAUCAGAAAAUUCAAACUCAGCAACAUCCGAGUUAAUGACAUACCUUGCAUUUAAUAACCAAGAUUUUAGACAGUUAGUAUGCAAUAAUAAAUCCAAAAUAACAUUUGUGAAUUGGGAAAAAGAUGGAAACAUUUUUCUAAGUUCACCAAUGUUAAGUGAUAAGGAUUUUAAUACCGUCAUAGGUAAUUACAAACAAACUGUGUUACAUCCACAAAGUAAUCAAGCCUUUACAGCUACUGACAAUGGAAGUAUUAUUGUUUGGUCUCAGCUCAAAAAUGGUCAAUGGAAAGCAUUGAAAGUUGUUAACAUUCAAAAGGAUGCAAUAACAACAUUAGUUUUAUGGAACAGUAGUUUUCUAGUAACUGGUGAUGUAACAGGAAAAGUUAAAUUUUAUGAUACCCAAUUAAAGUUCAAAACCUGGUUUGAAAACUUUGGAAUUGAAGGCUCAAUCAUCGGAAUCUCUUUUACAUCAGAAUCAGAUAAAAAUACUUCAAUAUCUAGUUAUAAAAAUUUGGCUGAGGUUGAGUCUUCUUUUACAGUAGCAGAUUUUGUGAUUACUACGGACAAAUCAAGUUACCUUUAUUUUAAACCUGAGGAUAAUGAGGUUUUGUUUUUGAGAAAAGAAAGUGAUAAAGAAAUCAAAACUAUUGCAUGCCAUUUUAAAGACUCAUUGAUUGCUGUUGGGGGACUUGAUGGAUUACUUCAAAUUUUUGAUUACCAGGUUAAAUCUGUAAAGCACUCAAAAGAAUUGAAUGUUGGCAUUACUGCUUUAGCGUACCAUCCAAAUGGAGAUUAUUUGGCUGUUGGUUUUGAAAAUGGUAAUGUAGAACUGCUCAACCCCUUAACGCUAGAGGUUGAGAAAAACAAAGACAACAUUUUCUCAUUCAACUUUGUUUCAGAAUCAUCUAUAAUGAAAAUAGUGUACUCACAUAAUGGAAAAUAUUUUGCAUGUUCAACUUCAGAUAAGUGUGUUAUUGUAUUUCAAUGGAAUCAACAAAAUUGUUUAUGGUUUUAUUUGGGAAAAAGUAGAGCACACUAUAAAGAAGUGAUGGAUUUAAUGUUCAUGCCUGCAUUGGAUGAAGAUAUGGCUCGAUUAUUUUCACUUAGUCUUGAUCGUAUGCUGGUUGAGUAUGAUUUGAUCAAUUCAUUAGACAGUUUAAAAGUUUUGGUAUCUGAUCGAAUUGAACAAGAAGCUGUACCUCUUUGUUUUAUACCUUAUCCUCCGAUUGUCAAAGAAAACUUUUUUAUUGUUGCAAACGAUGCUUUCAAAAUAAAGUUGUUCAACUCAACAACAAAAAUGUGUCGACAAACCACUUUAAGUCCGGCAUAUGGAUCUCAAGUUAAAAAAAUGCUGAUUCUACCAGAUACCCAAGGUCCGCAUCGAUACAUGGCUUAUAUAACAAGUAAUAAGGUUGGUCUUACAAUUUUACCAUUUGAUGGUAAUCCAUAUAAGUCAAUGGCAUUGAUUGCACACAAACAGGCACAUGAUGUUGCAUGCUCUUUUGAUGGUAAAUAUUUGUUUACUUGUGGAGGAUCGGAUCCCAAUGUGCUGAUAUGGGUUAUUGAUUACAGUGCUUUAGAAGCUGCUUCAUGCUUGGGUGGCGAUGGAUUGAAUCCUUUUUACUCUUUACUUGAAGGAGGACAAAAUGGACAUUUGUUUUCUGAGUUGGAAGACUACUUUUAUUUUUGUCAGAUAAGAUCACAAGGUAUUGAUACAAUGAUGCCUCGGGAAGUCUCUUCAAAGAUUUCAUUGUCUGAAGUUCCUUUUUUAAUGCGUGCUCUAGGAUUUUAUCCUACCGAAGAAGAGAUAGAAAACAUGAUUAACGAAGUUAAGUUCAGCGAAUAUGUUGAUACUGGCAAAUGCAUGGAUUCUCUUGAUCUUGAAGAUUUUACAAAAUUGUAUUUAAACCAUCGUCCGGCUUUUGGUCUUCAAAUUUCUCAAGUGGAAAAAGCAUUUAAAACAGUUACUCAUCAAGAUGGGGGAGAAUAUAAAAUUCAAAAAGAGCAACUUAUCAAGCUACUUCAAGAAAAAGGUGAACAUCUUAAUGAGUCAGAAUUUUUUGAUUGUAUUAUGUCGUCAACUGUUAACUCUGACAAUCUUUUAUCUACCGAAGAAGAAUUGAGAAACUACCUCCCAAAAGAAAUAUCCUUCUCUACCUUUAUAGAAAAAGUAUUGAAAUUUCCUGAACUAAAAGUCAUUGAUUAAAUUUUUAAACAUUAAAUUAUAAAGUUAAAAAAAUUAUUAAAUAAUAAACAAUUUAAUAAUUAAGUUGUGUGUAUUUUAUAAACAACAUAUUGUACACAUUAAAACGUAAUUAUUGCUCCUUCAUUUUUUUUAAA